AUGGUCCGCUGUAGAACGUGCAACAACCUGACGGCCGAGGAUCUACCGGCGAGCAACACCCCAACUUCAUAUCACCCUUCAUGCGAGAAGAUAUUCCAAGUCGAAAAGGAAGCUGGAGAAUUUGAGGAUUCUGCUGCUAUGGGAUGUGCUACAUGCGAUUUGAUCCUUCAGGCUAUUCGGCACUAUAUCGACACUCCAGGCUCUGGUCUAUCUCUGAGCGAUCCCUUGUUGGACAAAAUCCUCCUCGAAGGGGACUGCAAUGAGCCCCUCAGGGUCUCUUUUAGUAGCCCCAAAAAGCUCCUCACGACCCUUGAGCUCUUUGAAGAAAGGCAUCAUUUCAAGGGAGACUACGCAUCGCUGUACCCCGCAGUUGGCUUUGGCAGCACUCCUACUGAAGUUCUUGAUGUUGACUUUGCUGCUAGACUUGCUAGUCAAUGGAUUACCCGCUGUGUUAAUGAACAUAGAUGCGUCGAAGAUGAUGUACCGUUGCUCCCAAGUCGAGUGCUCGAUAUAACAUCAGAUUCAGUCAAGCUGGUGACUCCUGCUCCUUCUACGCCCGGCCGUUACGCGGCGCUGAGCUACUGUUGGGGCAGCGCUGGCAACCUGACUACCACAUUGGACAAUAUCAACGAAAGAAGGGCGGGAAUUGUGUGGGAUGACCUCCCCAAUCUGAUUCAGGACGUUAUACAGAUUAUUCGUCGACUUGGGAUUGGUUAUCUUUGGGUUGAUGCGCUGUGUAUUAUCCAGAAUGACAGCGCCGACUGGCGGGCAGAAUCUUCCAAGAUGGGGGAUACAUACGGCAGCGCAUAUCUAACCAUCGCAGCCGAUGCAGCCAAGGACACAUCUCGCCGGCUGACCAGCCCGAGGAACUCUACCCUGCGCUCAACGCGCCAUCGACACAUAGCCCCUCUAGAGGAAUCUGCUGGCACGAGAAAGAACAAGAGAAUCGAGGUUCCCCCGCCAUUGGUCGUUGAUGGACUUACGCGUUCGCUUUGUGUUCGAGAACCAUGGUGGCAUAGUGACAUGGUUGAGCACUCCACAGUUUACGAUAUGACAUUCCCACUGAUCAUGAGAGGAUGGGCGCUGCAGGAACGACUUUUUUCAAGUAGGGUUUUGCACUUUGCAGCUUACGAGAUGAUCUGGGAAUGCAAAGCGUCUCUUAACUGCGAAUGCGAAGGGGUCUCCCAGGAACACGCUUGCUGGGGCGACGGCCAUGAGUCCCCAAAGGUAUCAUUUGAGACGGCAAAAGCGAUGAUCAGCAAGAAUCGUACGAUGAAGCCUUUGCCAAGUUGGGCUGCUCCUAGCCGCGUGAUGCAGGAUCCGGAUUUUGGCUCUGUCUGGACACGGCUUGUGUCAGCAUACUCGGCACGUCGUCUCACUUUUGAAAGGGACCGGCUUCCUGCUAUCUCUUCCCUGGCAAGAUACUUUUCCCUUGGAAGGACUUAUCUUGCAGGGUUAUGGGCGGAUGACCUGCCGUGGCACCUGGCCUGGUGUGUCGAAGACGUCGAUGAAUGGAGUCCCAGAAGCACCAAUGAGUAUAGCGGACCGACGUGGUCUUGGGCAUCGACAAUAGAAGAAGUAUCCUGGCCAUCGUGGAGGGAUCAGGCUAAGAGUCGGGUUCAGAUUCUGGAGGCUUCGACUGCGCCGAUGAGCUUCAAUGAAUACGGCGAGGUCUCUUGGGGGAGAAUCCGACUGCGGGCCUGCGUUGCUGUUGCCAAAAAAGCAAGUCGUCGUCAUCGUACGCCUGGCCUCGUCAAUCCUCGUGGCGACUUCUUCUCUAUCCAUUCAGAUGUUGGAAAAGGCCAGAAGAAGUCAGGCUCCAAUCAGCGGACUGUGUAUAAUCUAGAGGCUAACGAGGACUUGUGGUGUCUUUUAUUGCUCGACGAUGUCGAUCCUUACGCUUUUGGGACGGAAUGCCGUACAUACUGGGUCAUGGUGGCUGCAAAGCCGAACGACCAGUCGAUCCGAAGAGCUCGCCUCGACCCUGAUGCUCACAAGGACAUUAUAAUUUGCGAGCGGAUUGGUUAUUUGAGGAAUUUGGAAAUGUCCCGUGAAAAAAGAAAAGCUACGAAGUGGAUCACUGGGGCAAACUUCAAGCAGAAGGAAGUUAUUUUAAUCUAG